UCCCCAUGUGCGCCGUCAGGUCCGCAUGAUGGAUCCACCGCACGUUUCCACCAACCUCGAGCACUGGCGGCCACUGACUGGGCAUCCCCCCUGGCGAACCUGGCGUGCCUGGCUGUCAACGGGUCCAAGUGCCAACCGCUACCUAGCCUCUCUGCUUGUACCUGACAUCCACAUCCGAACAAGAAAUGCGCACGCAAUCGUCUUGUCAAGCGUCUUCCACAUCCGUUCUUCCAACAACAAACUCGCCUUCUCCGUUUCAUCAAGACGAGGCUGGUAUGUAUACUAUUCCUGUCGAACCCGCCGUCACGAUAGAAGCCGCGUAAUUUCCGUCCCAAAUACAGUCGAUUCAACCUAUACAAAGACUUUCGUUUGCACGCUCGGUGAUUGACCGGGCUGCCGGAUCGCCUUGUUCGACCCUUGCGCACGCUUCCGAAGGUACAAUCAACGCCGUUAUGUCCCGGUCGUCUGUCAAUGGAGCCAACGGCAAAUCACUACUUUCCGCACCAGCGUCACCCCGAUCAUCCACGGGAGCUCUUUCGCGAAUGAAUUCCACGAUACGCGCCGUCUCCAGCUUCGACGACAGGAUAUCAGAGGACUCGAGUACCGAUACGGUUCCUACUUCCAAUACAACUUCACAAAACUCGACUCUUUCCAGCUCAGUGAACAGCUCUGUUAGCAUGGGUUCCGCCUCCCAAGACCAAUUGAAGCUGCAGAAAGGAGAGAGCAAGACGCCUGCACCGACUGUAAAGCUGAGACCCAGUCCGUCGUUUAACAAUCUAUCAGAAAAGUCGGUAUCUAGUUUGGAUGUACCAAGGAGGCUCGGCACAAAAUCAAGCUUCGAGCUCCCAAGUCGAGACAGCAGCCUGAACGCGACAGCACCACCACAGAGUCCCAUGUCAGACAACGGGGGAUCCAGCAUGCAGGAAACAAUAAGCGCCACUGAGGCCAACCUUGCCGGGGGAUGGGACUCGACAAUCGGGAAAGCCGGGUUAGGCAAAACAGGGCGCGUCAUCAACAAACUGGUGUCCGACAACGAGACGCUGAAGCGCGACAUUCAAAUUGAAAGGUUACGGGCCGAAGAGUCGAAAAACGCAGCGAAACUGUUGGAAGACAAACUCGAGCGCAUGGUCGCAGAUUAUGAAAGCCGGUUACUAGAGGCCAACGUAACAAAGACACUCCUGGCGCGUAAGGAACGACAGGUAGCGAGCCUACAGGAGACUGUCGACCUGGAGCGGAAGCGGGCUAUGGACGCAGGCGAGCGUGAGCGGACGUGGAAGGAUGAGAUGGAACGUGUGAAGGCCGAUGCCAAGAAGCAAGUCGACGAAGCAACCAACCUCGCAGCUCUUAUGGAGGGCCGCUAUAACGCCAUCAGCAGCCAUUGGAAGGAACAAGGGGAGGAAGUCAAGCGAACAGUGGCCAAGAUGCGAACUGAGAUCGCCAGUCUCCUAGAAGAGAGGAGGCGGGAUGACGACCGGAUAAAUACGCUACGCGACUUAUGUGACCAACAGGAUGGAAACAUACGCGAGUUGAGGAAACAGAAGGAGGACAUAGCUGCGCAGUUUGAACGGUACAAGAUUGCGCAGGACGAGUCGUUAAAGGACAUCAAAGCCAAGGCAAGACAAAGGGAACUUGAACAGGAAAGGGCACUUCAGGAAACCAAGGAGGUGUUGGAUAAGCUGAAGUGGGCACUCAGUGUCAAGGAGAAAAUUGAGUGGGCUCAGUAGCCACAGGGUAGUCUACAGCGCGGUCGGCUUCUGUGUUUUCACACGCAAAGCUUGAGCUUCCCUGAAGACGACGGUCAAUUGACGUCCCCUAAUCCCAUGGCUGAAAUCAGCCUUUGAAGCUGUCUUGUUGCUUGCUAUCAAGCUGGGCACCAGGCGAGCAAUCAUUCCCUUGCUCCUUAUGGUCACAGUACACCUGGGAGCCCCCAGUGGUCUUAAUCCAUGAGAGUGACACAGGUGUCCCGUUGUGGUACUUACAAUAUUAACACGCCCUCAAGAUAUCAGAUGAGAAAGGCAGUCAUGGAAAGAUUUUUGUUCUGGAUACUGUUUCUAUCCCGGUUGUCGACACUACAUGUCUUCCGUCUACUUUCUACCUCCCUUUUCAAACAUCAUAAUUAUUGGGAUUACGGAGUUUUAAGGAGCUUGGGAACUCAGCAGGAUCUCUUUUGGGGCCGAUGGAAUGGCGCAUGUCCUGGCACUUAAGGAAAGAUUGUAUCAUUACAAGGGAGGUGUGGAAACCCGUCAUCUACUUCUUUACUUUUUGUUCUGUUUUCUUGCUACCUACUUGAGGUCAUUUUCUCCCCCAGGAUGAGCGCAUUGAAUCUGCCUGCCUGGUUUCUCUUGGUCUUCGUUUCAACCUUUGGAGCCAUCCUUGUGAGUAGGUACAUGAAUCAAUGAUACACCGGAAGGGGCCAGUUUGAUCCUGGAAGCUGAGGUGGGUGCCUACCUUUGGCCCGAAUGCGAUACCUUUUCCCCCCCAUCUGCUUGUUGAUGUCUACCGCUAAAAUGGAAGUCAUGAAUCGCAAGCGUUUUCAAAUUGUCUGAUUCCUUCGCUGGAAGGUUCGAAUCACCCAUGGAUUCAAUAAUAGGUCGAAAUGUUGUUGUCGAAUACCUCUGAUUUUCCC